ACGAUAUUUCCAACACCCCACCAUCCCCUCCCACCCAUAACCAUUGGCAAACACAUAUUCCAUUUACUGAAACUUCACCAAAAUGACACGGCGAAUCCUCGUGCUCAUAUCUGGCAACGGUUCUAAUCUCCAGGCCCUGAUUGAUGCCUCUAGAGCAAAUCCUUCCACCCUCGAAGCCUCGAUAAUCCACGUCAUCUCGAACAAAAAGGCAGCUUACGGUCUGAAACGGGCAGCCAACGCCGGCAUCCCGUCAACAUACCACAACCUCCUUGCCUACAAAAAUAAAAAUCCCAACAAUCCUCAAGAAGCCCGAGAAGCUUACGAUGCCGACCUUGCCAAGCUGAUCCUGGCCCAGACCCCCGAUUUGGUGGUCUGUGCUGGUUGGAUGCACAUCCUUUCCCCCACAGCCCUCGAUCCCUUAGAGGAGGCUGGUGUCGACAUCAUAAACCUCCACCCUGCCCUACCGGGACAAUUCGAUGGCGCAAAUGCAAUCGAACGAGCCUACGAAGAGUUUCAGAGGGGUGAAAUCACAAAGACUGGUAUCAUGAUUCACUAUGUUAUUGCUGCCGUGGAUAAGGGAACCCCGAUCAUCGUGAGGGAGAUUGAGAUGAUUAAAGGGGAGAGUUUGGGGGACCUAGAGAAUAGGAUGCAUGUUGUUGAGCAUGUUGAGAUCGUGAAUGGUACAAGGAUAGCGUUGGAAGAACGGGAGAGAAGUAAACAGGCGAGCGAAUGAUAAAGCAGGGUUUUUUGGUUUUGGUUUUUUCUAGCAAAAUAUUUUGUCCCUUACCUUAACAUGAGACACUUGUACUGCGGUA